AUGAAGAAACCCGUCGAGGCAAUUCGAGAUAAGAAAAUGGGCUGGUUAUUGGCCUCAAAAAUAUUUGGUGUUCAGCAAGCAACUCAUCGCACGCAUCUUCUAGGCACUAAUAAAACUUUGGAGUCAAAUUCAAAAGCCCUUGGUUGUUGGAAAGCUACCUUUCUAUCUGAUGUGGAAAGCCAAUUAGUUCCGCAUAUAAAAUUCCUUGAUAGUCGGUUGUUCGGACUGACACGAGCAUCGGUACAAGAAUUAGCUGUUCACAUGGCUGAGAAAAACGGUUUUGCUCAUAUAUUUAACAUCCAAAAGCAAAAGGGUAGACAAGACUGGUUGAAUGGGCCUCUAAGACGUAAUAAACAUAUAUCUUUGCGCAAACCAGAAGCCACUUCAGCAGCUCGCGCUCAAGCUAUUAAUCGACCACAAGUCCAAAAGUCUUUUCAGUUGUACGGAAGCUUGCUAGAAUAUGAUGGAUAUACGCACCGUAUCUAUAAUCCUGAUGAAUCUGGGCUAUCUAAAGUACAAAAACCUGAGAAUAUUUUAGGUACCAAGGUAAGAAAACAAGUCGUAGUUAUAACUAGCGGAGAAUGGAGCAAACACCACUGUUGUUUGUUGCUUUAA